AUGUCUUCUACACCAGCAGCACAUAUCAAAUCUCUCGACCACCUCGUCUUGACUGUCGCCUCCAUACCCCGCUCCACCCAAUGGUACAAGACGAAUCUUGGCAUGCAAGCCGAGCAAUUCGUCUCAAGUUCCACACCAGAUAUCACUCGUCAUUCGCUCCUUUUUGGUUCACAGAAAAUAAAUCUACAUGAACUCGGAAAGGAAUUUGAACCCAAAGCGCAAAAUGUGAAAGAUGGAAGUGCAGAUUUGUGCUUCAUAACGGAUGACAAUGUUAAAGAUGUUCGCCAACGCCUAAUAGAUGCAGGUGUGGAGAUGGUCGAUCUGAGCCCAGAGAAAACUGAUGAAGGAAUUGUGAUACGCACCGGUGCUCAAGGGAAGCUGAGAAGUGUUUAUUGUAGAGACCCUGAUGGGAAUUUGAUCGAGAUCUCUAACUAUAUCUAA